AUGGACCAACACCACCCCUCGAUUGCGGAACUGUGUGACAUCUUCUUGGACUAUGGCGUCAGAUUAUCUGUUGCCGCUUGCCAAAAGGCGCUGGAGCAGUGGGGAUGCGACAUCUCGGAGAUUACGCACAUGGUCUCCACGACAUGUACAAACUCAGCUAACCCGGGAUUUGACCACUUUGUGGUGAAAGCGCUCGGUUUGGACUCGAGUAUCGAGAAAGUCUUACUCCACGGGGUCGAUUGUUCGGGCGGCCUUGCAGCAUUACGCACCGCAGCUAAUAUUGCUCUCGGGUCGCGCUUCCUUUGUAAACCUGCCCGCAUCCUGGUGUCAGCCUGCGAGAUCUCGAGUGUGUUUGUUAGGUCUGAGCUUGACUCGAUUAACAGGGAUCAAGACGUUAGAAUUGGAGUCACACUUUUUAGUGACUGUGCUUCGGCGGUCGUGCUGGGAAAUGGGUUUGGUAAUGGCUCUGGCAAGGAUCCUCUCUUAGAGUUAUUGGGUUGGGAACACAGGGUUAUUGAGGGCACAACGAAGGAGCUUGGUUUCAACAUUGACCCCUUCGGAUGGAAAGUCGUUCUGACUCAGAGCGUACCGGAGAUUGCUUCAGCAGCUGUGCCAACAGUCUUUCAAGAUAUGAUCUCCUCGUUAGAGAGCGCAAUUGACAUUAAAGAGACUCGCGCGGCAGACUCCGACUGGGCGCUGGAUCCUGGAGGUACGACUGUCAUAAGUGGAGUGCAAAAAUCCACGAACUUGACGGAAGAAAACUUGCGGGCCAGCUACGAAGUAUACAUAACGCAUGGGAACAGCUCCAGUGCUACCAUUUUCAGCGUUCUCCAUUGA